AUGGAGUGGCAUAGGACACUCUUGGAGCAGCUUAAAGAGCCAUCUACACAGUUGCCCGUGUCUGGAGAUGUCACAGAAGUGGAGGAAUGGCGACCAGUCAACCGGCGUGCCCGCUUCCUGGCAGGCCUGGUGCAGCGCCUAUGCUGCCAGUAUCGGUGGCAGGCGGCAGCUGGGGCCCUGGAGGUUCUUCUGGCUGGGCACUACCCAGCCGACCAGUUCUUAUACAAGGCGGGUAUGCUGCUGCAUGAAAACCUGGCCUCACCAGAGAAGAUGAACUUCUUCAUAAGGCACUCACGAUGCCUCCUGGUGGCCGACAAGAAGGAGCUGGCUUUGGAGUACAUUGUGUACUGCCUGAAGUGGAUGAACUUUGCACACCUGCGCACAUUCUUCCAGGAGCACCUGAAAGUGGACCGCAAAAUGCUUCGCCCCAAUGAAAAGCUAGAUUCCUUCAUAAGGGGCUACUUGGGUCUUCUUGACUACCUCCAGUGGCGGAGCCACGCCGCACGUUCACGUCAUAAUGACUCUACUGACGUAGACGCCCAGGCAACUGCUGGGGAAUCCUACGAGGAGUUGAACAGUGUGGCCAGUGCUUUGGACAAGUGGCGUCCCCUGUUCACACCUGACAGCGAGUCAUCAUCCGCAAGUGCUUGUCAGGAGACGACGGAUGUCUUCCUCACAAAAACACUCGAGCUUCUGCUGAGGUACGACCGUGCCGACGAGGCUGAAGACAUUGCGGAGGGUUACAUGGAUGGUCACGCGGACGACUGCCUGCACGCUGCCUUGUACGCACAAGCCUUGUCGCAACAGCGCAGCCCAGCGACUCGAGAGUUGGUUACAUCUCAACGCAUGGAGCUGCUUCAUAGAGUUUGUGAAGCGGACCCUACAAACCCCCAAGUUCUGGAAUAUGUACAGCUUAUUGAACAAAAUGAGCAAGGAGAGGAGAGCGUGAUCGAGUGCUUGCGUCUCUUGGCCGACUUUGUGGACUGCCCCGACAAUAAGGACAGCAUGGAUGCCUGGAGGAGGCUGUGCCACAUUACGGUACUCACGGGACACAGUGAAGAUGCAGCUGUCAGGGACUGUGGCAGUCGUCUGUGGCAAGAGCGUGGCGACUACUGGCUGCUGUACCACUUUUCUCCACACCUGGAUGGCAGUCCUGAGACGUGGAUCCUGAAAGUAGUCUUCUUGCUGGCCCUGGGACAGACUGUGGGCAAGGCAGGUAAGCGGGCAAACUUUCCUGUCGCCUACUGGUAG